UUCAUUUUCAAAAUAUUUGCUUUGUUUGUCAUAAUUUAAUGAAUAUUGUUCAGUAUAAAUAUAAUUUACGUAUGUUUAGUGAAGUAACAAUAUACCUAGUUAAUUUAUGAACUGUGAAAGACUUGUUGCCGUAUGGGACUUUUGUGAUUAUAGUAAAACUUCAGUGAUGUGUUAGAUUUUUAUGUAUAUUUUUAUCUAACAAUGGGGAAUCAACUUGUGGGUGUAGCUCCAUCGCAGAUCUACCCCGUAGAGCAUUACCUGAGCGACCAUGUGGACCUUACGUUUGACCAAAGCUUGGGUUCCACACGAUUCCUAAAGGUGGCGCGGGCGCGGUCCCGCGAGGGUCUGGUGGUAGUCAAGGUGUUUGCGGUCCACGACCCGUCGCUGCCUCUCGCUGAACACAAGGAGAGGAUACUGAAGAUUAAGGAGCAACUCGCUUCGGCAUUCAACUGUCUCCCUUUUCAGAGGGUUAUUCUAACAGACAAAGCUGGGCUCCUGAUGCGCGAGUACUGCAAAUGCAGCGUUUACGACCGCAUGUCCACGCGGCCAUUCCUCACUACACUUGAGAAGAAGUGGAUCACCUUCCAAGUGCUUUACGCCCUGCAUCGGAUGCACAAGCUCGGCAUCUGUCAUGGGGAUAUUAAGUUAGAGAACAUAAUGGUGACGUCGUGGCUGUGGGUGCUGGUGACGGACAUCGCCUCCUUCAAGCCCACUUUCCUGCCGGACGACAACCCGGCGGACUUCAGCUAUUUCUUCGACACGUCGCGCCGCCGCCUCUGCUACGUAGCGCCCGAGCGGUUCGUCAGGGCUCCUGACCCUGCCAACAGGCCUGUGAAUGAUGACAAAGGAGGGUUAUUGCUAAGCGAGUCUCCGUGUAAAGUUGGAGAGCUCGUUCCCAGCAUGGACAUCUUCUCGGCAGGUUGCGCUCUCCUAGAACUCUGGAAUGAUGGUACUCCAGCAUUAGACUUGCCGGGCCUACUGGCCUACCGCAACGGAGGGGACCGUCCCUCCACUAUGACCCUCCCGGAGGGCAGCGACUCUCGCCUGCGCGACCUUUUACACUCCAUGACUGAGGGGAACCCUCGCCACAGGAAGACAGCCGAGCUCUACUUGGAUGAGGCGAGAGGAAAAUUAUUCCCUGAAUAUUUCUACUCGUUCCUCCAAUCUUAUAUGCUGAUAUUCUCCGCACAACCCAUCCUGCCGCCGGACGAGAAGAUCCUGCGCAUCCACCAGGACAUACGGAACAUCAUCAAGAUAUUCACACAACCAUCAGACGCCAAGAACUACCAGGACUUGGUCGAGGAAACCACUGAUAACCAAACCACUGCUACAAUAGAUUCUUUGCGCAAAGACGGGGUUAAAGUCAUGACGGUGAAUUCUGGAGAAUUUGAUGAAGAAACCGACGAGAAAGCGCCGGAGAAGAAGGAGCUAGGACCUGACAGUGAAGGGCUGAUCCUGAUUACGUCGUUGGUGACGUCAUGUAUACGCGGGCUGCACCAUUGCACGUCGAAACUGUACAGUUUGGAGAUCCUGCAGUUGUUGUGCGAGAAUUCUAGUUCGGAAGUCAUUCUCGAUCGGAUUUUACCAUAUAUUAUCCACCUGUCCCACGACUCUGUAUCCCGCGUGCGCGCAGCGGCCGUGCACACCGCGGCCCGCUGCGUGGCGCUGGUGCGGGCGUUACCCAAGUCUGACUGCAACGUGUUCCCCGAGUACAUCUUACCGGAGCUGGCGCUGUGCGCCACCGACCCCGCCGUCACCGUCCGGAUAGCCUACGCCAACAAUAUCGCCAAGUUAGCAGAGACGGCGGUACGCUUCCUGGACCAGACGCAGCAUAUGGUGGACAAGGAGGCGGCCAACAUCAACUAUGAGACAGAAUUGUCGGCGCUGCAUGAAAUGGUACGGUCGACAGUGUCAUAUCUACUGACGGACUCGCAAGCGGUUGUGAAGCGGGCGCUCGUCGAAAAUGGUAUCACAAAGCUGUGCAUAUUCUUUGGGAAACAGAAAGCAAACGACGUGAUACUGUCGCAUAUGGUGACAUUUCUCAACGACAAGGAGGAGGCGGCUCUACGCGGCUGCUUCUUCGAGCGCGUGGUCGGCGUGGCCGCCUACGUGGGCCACCACGCCGCGCCCAUACUGCUCCCGCUGCUGCAACAGGGCCUGACGGACCAAUCUGAGUGGAUCAUCCUGCGCGCAGUACGGGCUACGACCAGCUUAGCUCAGCUGGGUCUGCUGGGCAAACAGCCGCUGUGUGAUCUGGUGGCCGAGAGCGCCGUGUACCUUGCGCAUCCUAACUUAUGGAUCCGUCACGAGGUAUGCGGGCUGGUGUCGGUGGCGGCCGGCCUGCUCAACCCCAUCGACGUGAACUGUAAGCUGCUGCCGCUCGUGUGGCCGCACCUCACGCACAAACUCAUACAGGUUGAGCGUGCAGAACUUCUUCUGGAGAGUCUAGCGGAACCGAUCCCGAGGAAGGUUCUAGACGCCGUUCUGAGACAUGGGGACGUGGACCGACUCGUGCAGACCCUCAGAGAACGACGGAACGCCAGGCUCAAGGUGAAACAAGGCAUGAUGCCGCAGUACAGUGAAAUGGGCCAGCAACUGCGGAACCUGUUCAGGAGAUUAGCAUCCGACGGUAUGACGGAGCAUGUGGAAAACCAACUUCUUGCUAUGAGUGCACAUCUUAUUAAGAUACAAGGAUCAUCUACACAGCACAUAUCAGACGCGCCGGGGCGGCUCGUGCUGGCCGACGCGGGCAACUCGCGCUGCGUGCAGCUGGACGCCGGCACAUGCGCCAGCGACGCCAGCGCAGACAAGCAUAUAUACCCCGCGCAACACAGGCGCAGUCACAAGACCUCGCUCUCACACGACACCCAUAUGAACACGGAAUGGCAACACAUGUUCGGACAGUCGCACGAGCAACAUUCCACUAGAGGAGGUCAAGAGUCGAUAUCGCAGUCGGCGGCGGCGUCGGGCCCCGCCAGCGCGGCCGUAUCGCAGACCGCCUCCGUGCAGCCCGCGCACUCGCAGAUGGGGCACAGCGCCAGCUACGUGCAGUAUAGCAUGGCGCCCUGUCGUGUUGAACUAAGGAAUCUCAACGCGAGAAUGCAACAGAAAUUCCAGAAAUCAUUAAGGAGUCAAGAGUACAUGGGUGGCGGCAGCGAAACGGUCCAGCUGCCGGCGUCCUGGCGGCCUGGCAACCAGCUACUGGCGUACCUGCACGAACACAAGGCGCGAGUGAAUCAGCUGGUGGCACUGCCGGCACACAGGCACAUGUUUGGCUCGUGCUCCGACGACGGCACCGUGCGCCUCUGGGACGCCACCAGGCUUCAGGGCAAUGCAUAUGUUAACAGGUCAAAGUCGAUGUACAACCGUAACGCGGGCCCCGUGGUGUCGCUGGCGGCCUGUGAGGGUGGUCAGUCGCUUGUGGCUGCGACACAGGAUUCCAUUUUUGUAUUGAGGCUGGACAGCGCGUCGUCCCGGCUGUCGCUGUCGCAGGGCCGGCAGCUGGACGCGGGCGGCGAGGGCUGCGCGGCGGCCGCCAGCGCGGGCGGCGUGCACGCCGGCGUCAUCUCCUACGCCACGCUCGCCAACACCGUGCUCGGCUGGGACCUGCGCGCGCCUGGCAACGCAUGGAAGCUCCAAGGAGACCUGAAGCAAGGCGUAUACACUUGCCUGUACGCCAACAGCUCCGGCUACCUGGCGGUAGGCACCAGCGGUGGCGCCAUCUGUGUGUGGGACCUGAGAUUCCAGCUGCCUAUAACCUCUGUGAGGCAUCCUAACUCGGAGCGCGUGCGGCGCAUCGUGGGCAGCGGCGGCGGGUCGCGCGUGUGGGCGGCGGGCGGGCGCGACGCGGGCGCCUGGUGCCUCGAGUCCACGCAGCGCACGCACGCGCUGUGGCCCUGCACCAACUCGCCGCAGCCGCUGCACUACACCGCCACCGCAUCGCACUACAUAAGCGCGGCGUACUACGGCGUGCGGGGUGGGCAGCGGUUCGUGGUGACGGGCGGGUCGGACCAGCGCGUGCGCUACUGGGACCUCGAGCACCCCGACGACUCGUACGUGCUGCUGCACGCGCCGCACGACCCGCUCAAAUACAACCCGCAGGCGCUCAAAUACAGGAGCCGCAUAAUCGACGGCACGACGGUCAUCCAAGAAUGCUGCAAGCUGAACCCGACUGAGCCCGUCGCCAUAUUGGACGAGAACGUGUACCGGGCAGUGGAGUCCCGGUCAUUCUGCCACACCGCGCCGCUCACUGACGUGUGUAUGGUGGACGCGGCUGCAUGCUACCUCGUCACCUCCUCGGCUGACGGCGUCAUCAAUGUAUGGAAGUAGUCAUUGGCGCCUAUUCGUUCACAAACUUAGCGGUUAUUAGGGCUCAAACUGGAUGACAGCGGCAGCGGCGCGGCGGCGAUAGCGGCGCGGCGUCCGCUGUACCGUUCUCGAUGCCAGCAGCCAAAUCGCGCGGUGUUGCGGCGGUAUACAGUUGUGUCCCAAAUGAACGCAAUGUCGAAACGGCGACAACGCAUUUUCGAUUGUAGUUCUUUUGUUUCGUACGAUUUAUUAUGGGCAAAAGAAGAUCUGAAUCCCUAUAAUGAACAAAGGAAACAAAAAGGCGAGUUUCAAACGCAGAGACACCGCUCGACUAGAGCGCACCGCUCGUACCCCGCUCGCCGCGCCGCUGCCAUCGAGAACACUUCAAUAUAAAUCUUAGCAUUUGAACGCGCCGCUCCCUGCACCGCCGCCUCCGCUGUCAUCCAGUUUGAGGCCUUAGACUAGUCAAUCCUGGCUGCAGAUGUAAAACAAAUCACAAAUAAAUCGUUUUAAAUGGUUCAAAACUCGCCUACAUACAUUCUAACACGAUGGAGAAUACGCUAGUUUCCAACUAGUCAAAUCACGGGGGUUAAAAUGGCCACAUCGAAGCAAUUCACCUAAGAAAGCAAUAUUGCUAUUUGAAAUUUGUUUUUAUUGUGCACCUACUUUUAUAUGCAAUAUUGCUUUCUUAGGUGAAUUGCUUCGAUGUGCCCUUUUUAACCCCCAGUUACUUUUUACUAAACAUCAAAUCAUAAUAUUUCUAUCGAAUUUGUAUGUAAAAGCACACUGUGAAGUUAUAGAAAAUCGUGAUAAAUUGUCGGACUUAUUAUUACUUUUUUUUUAUUAAAAUCCAUGAAGAAGUUAAGAUAAAAGAAAAUGUUUUUCGUUAGUUCUAGAUCUGUCUUUUUUAGUAAUGAGGAUUUCAUAAUUUAUCUUGAACCGAGUACACGACUCAAUUAUUAUGGGUGAUAAGCUGAUCUCUUGUCAUCUUAAGGUUCAUCAUUACCUUCUUAGGUCUU